AUGUCGCUCCCAUACGCGCCACGCUUCGCCUACUACGAUGGCAAGCUUCAGCCUGGCAGCUCGAACUCGUCCUUCAAGACUAUCGAUCCCGCCACCGCAGCACCUCUGGCUGAAAUCCACACCACCACAAACGCUGCCAUUGACGCUGCCAUUACCUCGGCCCAGAAGGCCUUCCCAGCGUGGUCCGCAACACCUCCAAUUGAGCGCGCCCGUGUUCUCCAGCGAGCGGCAGCCAUCCUUCGCGCGCGGAACGAUGAGCUGGCAAGGAUCGAGACGAGCGACACCGGAAAGCCUUUCUCCGAGACAUCGACAGUUGACGUAGUGACGGGCGCUGACGUGCUGGAGUACUUCGCGAACAUGGUCGGCAGUGGAGGCAUGAACGGCGAGACGGCACAGCUGCGACCGGACGCAUGGGUAUAUACGACCAAGAACUCGCUCGGCGUGUGUGCUGGCAUUGGCGCGUGGAACUACCCCAUCCAGAUUGCGCUCUGGAAGUCGGCGCCGUGUCUGGCAGCAGGAAACUGCAUGGUCUACAAGCCAUCCGAGUUCACGCCACUGCACGCGCAAGUGCUGGCCUCCGUCUACGCUGAAGCUGGCGUCCCCCCUGGUGUCUUCAACGUUGUCCAAGGCGGUGGCGAGGUGGGUGCUUACCUGACCAAGCACCCAAGCAUUGCGAAGGUCAGCUUCACUGGCCAAGUUUCUACAGGCCGCAAGGUCGCGGGCAGCGCUGCAGGCGAGAUGAAGUACGUGACCAUGGAGCUUGGCGGCAAGUCCGCCUGCGUCAUCCUCCCAGACGCCGAUCUCGAACAAGCCGUCGACGGCGCCAUGAUGGCCAACUUCUUCUCCACAGGCCAGGUCUGCACAAACGGUACCCGUGUCUUCAUUCCUGAAGCCAUCAAAGCCGACUUCGAGAAGCUGCUCUUGGAGAAAAUCCAACACAUCCGUCCCGGCGAUCUACACGACCCAAACACCAACUUCGGCCCCUUGGUGUCGAGACCGCACUACGAGAAGGUCAAGCAGUACAUCAAGCACGGAAUCGAGAGCGACAAAGCGACACUACUGUGCGGCGGCGCGGAGACGCCCUCGUGGGUUGCCCAACACUCCAACAAGGCCUACCAGAACGGGUACUGGGUGCAACCCACCGUCUUCACCGACUGCAAGGACAGCAUGAAGAUUGUGCAAGAAGAAAUUUUUGGCCCCGUCAUGUCCAUCCUAACAUACAAGACCGUGGACGAGGUUGUUGCGCGCGCCAACAACACCGACGUCGGACUCGCUGCAGGCGUCUUCACAAAGGACCUGAACCUCGCCCACCAGGUCAUCGCUAAGCUGGAGGCAGGCAUCACCUGGGUCAACACCUGGGGCGAGAGCCCGGCAGAGAUGAGCGUCGGCGGGUGGAAGAUGAGCGGCGUGGGCGUUGAGAACGGAAAGAAGGGGCUCGAGGCGUGGGUGAGGAAUAAGAGCACGCUCGUCGAGAUGGGAGGUCUGGUCCCGACCGUCUUUGCAAAGUUGUAG